GAAAAAAAGAAGAGCCCAACAAGUGACAUUAAUUUAAGAUCUUAAAGAAAAUUACAUAAACUUUAUUAUUAUAGCAAAAAAAUAAAACUCAAAACACCCUUAAAAGCGCCUAGUUGUCCACAUUUUUAGGGAACUGAGAUUGUCUCACUACACUUGCAAAAAAGACACGCAAUGGUCUCUAGUUCUCCGGUUUCUCCGUCUAAGGAAACUGACCGGAAGUCCGGCGAGAAAUGGACGGCGGAAGAUCCAUCACGGCCAGCCAAGUGGUGGUACUCCACCUUCCACACCGUCACCGCCAUGAUUGGCGCGGGAGUCCUCAGCCUUCCUUAUGCCAUGGCUUACCUUGGCUGGGGACCAGGGACCUUUGUGUUGGCAAUGACGUGGGGACUGACCCUAAACACUAUGUGGCAAAUGGUGCAGCUCCAUGAGUGUGUACCGGGAACCCGGUUUGACCGGUAUAUCGAUCUAGGCCGGUAUGCUUUUGGCCCAAAACUUGGCCCAUGGAUCGUCCUCCCUCAACAGCUAAUCGUCCAGGUCGGCUGCAACAUCGUUUACAUGGUGACAGGAGGCAAGUGCUUGAAGCAGUUCGUGGAGAUCACUUGUUCCACCUGUACACCGGUACGACAGUCGUACUGGAUCCUCGGCUUCGGUGGAGUCCAUUUCAUUCUCUCCCAGCUCCCUAACUUCAACUCCGUUGCCGGAGUCUCCCUGGCUGCCGCCGUCAUGUCUCUCUGCUACUCGACGAUAGCUUGGGGAGGAAGUAUCGCACAUGGAAGAGUGCCUGACGUGAGCUAUGAUUACAAGGCGACGAAUCCGGGUGACUUCACAUUCCGAGUCUUUAAUGCGUUAGGUCAGAUCUCAUUCGCUUUCGCUGGCCACGCUGUGGCUCUAGAGAUUCAAGCCACGAUGCCUUCCACUCCUGAGAGACCAUCCAAGGUGCCCAUGUGGCAAGGAGUGAUCGGAGCUUACGUGGUCAACGCCGUUUGCUAUUUUCCUGUGGCUCUGAUAUGCUAUUGGGCCUUUGGUCAAGACGUGGACGACAAUGUGCUGAUGAAUCUACAGAGACCAGCUUGGCUCAUUGCUGCUGCUAAUCUCAUGGUUGUUGUCCAUGUCAUUGGUAGCUACCAAGUGUUUGCUAUGCCUGUCUUUGAUCUUUUGGAGAGGAUGAUGGUUAACAAAUUUGGUUUUAAGCAUGGAGUUGUUCUGAGGUUUUUCACUCGAACUAUUUAUGUCGCAUUUACAUUGUUCAUUGGAGUGAGUUUCCCCUUCUUUGGAGACCUUCUAGGCUUCUUUGGAGGAUUUGGUUUUGCACCUACUUCUUUCUUCCUCCCAAGUAUAAUGUGGCUUAUCAUCAAGAAACCAAGGAGAUUCAGCGUCACCUGGUUCGUCAAUUGGAUCUCCAUUAUCGUAGGAGUGUUCAUAAUGUUAGCGUCAACAAUUGGAGGGUUGAGGAACAUCAUUGCAGAUUCUUCUACUUAUAGUUUCUACGCUUAAUAUUGAAUAGAUCUUGUACACUAAAGCAUGAAUCAUUGGAUCAUCUAAAUUAAAAAGUGUAGGAAUAAAUCAUCUAAAUUAACUGAUGGUCGGAUCGAGUUAGAGAGUGAUGUAUAAUGCUACUUGUUCAAUAAGACAUAUUACUAGUAGAUGUGUAUUAUGUUGCAUCAUAUGUGGUCUUCUUAACAUCAAACCUAAGAUCCUCUACACUUGUCCUAGUCUUUCUAUUUCUUAUCUUACAAAUAAUUUUGUUAUACGAUAAUAAAACAAAACCACAUUUUGU